GCCUGAUAUGUCUCCGAGAUCAGCUCGGUUAGUCAGAGACCGGGAAGAGGCCAGGCAGGCUCACCGUCCUUGCUCGCCCGCUCGGUACCUUUUUUUCCUUUUUCGUUGGCUGGCAAUUUUCUUCAUUUGGUCACUCGAUGCGAGUGCCAGCCGAGAGCCUGAAGUGGGCUUGCAGGAUGUGACGCCGCCCUGCAAGCCCAAGCACGCCCGGCCCACGAUUUCAACAGUCUCAGGCCCCAUUCAGCUCGUCCUGUUUCGACCCCUCGAAGUGGCCAAGACGCCACGCGCGUCCCAAGGGCGGGCGGCUUGGCUGGGAUCUCUCCAAUCGCUGCCUGGUUGUGACAGUGGUGCCCCAUGCGCGAGGCUGACUUCGCCCUCUGGCGCCAUUCUAAGUGAACAUUGUGGUGGUGGAGGAGGAGUGAAGCAGCCACGAGCGCCACGACCUGGCACGUUUGGUUCCACGCAGUUUGACGAUCCGUCACCGUUCUGCUCCUUGCUUCCCUUGUCAUGCAGAGAGCUGCUCUAGCGGAUGCUGGGCUAAUCUUGUUGGUCGUUGUGCUGUUCCUCACUAGAAAGAGGGGCAAGCAUAAUGAUUCCAUGUUAUGACGCGGCGCAGCACAAGCAGUCAGACGAGGGAGCUCCCGAAGGCAAUAU